AUGCGUAUAGGUAUGGAAGAGCUUAGAAGGGCGCUGGCGCUGCUAAAUGGUCAAGGAUAUGAGUUUAUGGUGUUCAUAAAGGAAAAAGACCAUUUAAUAAGUGAGUCAAUUCCAAAAAACUUGUUCUCAGAGAGUUUUAUAUCAUCUUCAAUUGAAAAAAACCCUCCACUCACGUUCGAUCCAUUGGUAAAUAGGAAAAGAAUAACUGUUUAUGAAGAAAAUAUCCAACCAGCGAUCAUGCUACCCUUAGAUCAACCCCUACUAAUACAGAAUUAUCUGUAUACGGCUUUUAAAUUAUUAAGACAGGUCCCAUGCAAGGCGAUUGCUAAGUUGUGGAUAAAAAUUAUUGAGCCAAGGAAGAAAACCAGGUUUCCAUACAUUAAAGGCAAUGCUGGAAGGCCGGAAUGGUGGCCAAAAGAUGUAGAACAUAAAGAGCCGGACCACCUCCAGAAAGCGGAUCGACUGAAAUUGAUGUGCACGAUAAUUAUGAAUGUUCUACCGCAAUCUCCCUUCAGCCUUGAGAUUUUGGACGAGCUUACAGGAGUGACCGCCGCAAUGACCAUUUUUAAGAAAGAAACUGUGAAGAAAGUAAUCAUGAAAAAUGUUUUCGAAAUUGCGAAAUGCUUGUGCAACAAAGAUUUCAAGCAGAAGACCAUAUCACUUGAUGAUUUAAAUGACCUAGCCCAAAAACAGAAAAAAUCAUACCAUAGUCGUCGAUUUGAUGUAAAUAAAAUGGUUAAGGUAGAAAAAGAUUUGUUACAACAGUCAAGUGGAAGCGAUUCUUCACCCUCGAUGAUCCUUCCUUCAAAAGAAAGUGACACAGAGUAUUUCCCCAGGGAAUAUCCGAAAGACCCUGUAUCGGAGGAUUAUUCGAAUAGCAUAUCUCGAUUAGAAAAUUUAGUGGAAUUUGAUCCGUUAUUCCUCACUAAAUUGGAUGAAUUAACUAGUAGCGAUGAUUGUAAAGAUUUUAUUUGA